AAGGAGGAGGAGAGUGCAGGAGGGGGAGUGAAUUAGAAGCUCACUGCUGCUCUGUCUUUGCUGUUGGAGGGACUCUGUUGAAUGUGCACACAUCUUUUCUUCCUUUCAUUGGCUCGUGCUGCUCAUCAGACCAUUUUGUCAAGGCUCUCAUCUGUCCGUCUGCAUCACCAGCGCAAGCGCCCCACAUGAAGACUUGGAGAAGAAAGGCAUUGUUUUUCCAUGUUUUAAACGGCACCGGCUGAUUCCUGUGGAGUGAGAAACCUGACGGCAUACCUCCUCCUCCUGCUCUAAAGUGGACACCGGUGCUCCUUCAGCAACCCAGAGAGCUUCCCGCUGCUCACACGGAGGACGCAGCGGCCCGCUGCGGACCCCCCUGGGGUCUCGGUCGCCAUGGCUGCCAACAGGGAGCAGCAGGUUGGUCACAUGACCGGCUUCCCACCUGCUGUCUACCCCUUUCCCUUCAACACCAUAAGAAGCCACUCCCCCUUCGACCUGCUGGCCAACAGCAGCCUGUUUGGGAGAUUCGGGGCUGACCUGCCCAAAGAGAUGGCUGCUCUCUCGGUGGAGACCCAGAGCACCAGCUCAGAGGAGAUGGUACCCAGUUCUCCGUCUCCACCUCCCCCACCUCGUGUCUACAAGCCCUGCUUUGUGUGCCAGGACAAGUCCUCGGGGUACCACUACGGGGUCAGCUCUUGUGAGGGCUGCAAGGGUUUCUUCCGUCGUAGUAUCCAGAAGAACAUGGUGUACACCUGCCACAGAGACAAGAACUGCCAGAUUAACAAGGUCACACGCAACCGGUGCCAGUACUGCAGGCUGCAGAAGUGCUUUGAGGUCGGCAUGUCAAAGGAAGCGGUGCGUAAUGACAGAAACAAGAAAAAGAAGGAUGUGAAGGAGGAGGUGGUUCUUCCUGAGAGCUAUGAGCUAAGUGGAGAGCUUGAAGAGUUGGUCAAUAAAGUCAGCAAAGCUCACCAAGAAACCUUCCCGUCACUUUUGCAGCUUGGAAAAUAUACCACAAACUCUAGCUCGGACCACCGCGUUCAGCUGGAUCUGGGGUUAUGGGACAAGUUCAGUGAGCUCUCCACCAAAUGCAUCAUCAAGAUUGUGGAAUUUGCCAAGCGGCUGCCGGGAUUCACUACCCUCACCAUCGCUGACCAAAUCACACUGCUGAAGUCAGCCUGCCUGGACAUACUGAUGCUGAGAAUCUGCACACGCUACACCCCAGAACAGGACACUAUGACCUUCUCAGAUGGACUGACUCUGAACAGAACUCAGAUGCACAAUGCUGGCUUUGGACCGCUUACAGACCUCGUGUUUGCCUUUGCUGGCCAGCUUUUACCGCUGGAGAUGGACGACACAGAAACCGGUCUCCUCAGCGCUAUCUGCCUCAUUUGUGGAGACCGUAUGGAUCUAGAGGAGCCUGAGAAAGUGGAUAAGCUGCAGGAGCCUCUACUUGAGGCGCUUAAGAUCUAUGCCCGUCGCCGCCGCCCCAACAAACCGCACAUGUUCCCGCGCAUGCUGAUGAAGAUCACAGACCUUAGAGGCAUCAGUACAAAGGGUGCAGAGAGAGCCAUCACCCUGAAGAUGGAGAUCCCAGGGCCGAUGCCUCCUUUAAUCAGGGAGAUGCUGGAGAAUCCAGACGCCUUUGAGGAUCAGACAGAGAGCAACGAGAGCCCCACGCCUCCGCCGCCAUCAGCGCCACCAGCACCACCACCGGUGGUCGUGAAGCAGGAGGCUGAGGACGAGGACGACAGCUGGGGCACGGAGAACGGCAGUGAGCCGUCGCCGGAAGAGGAGGACGAAGAUGACGACGACGACGGGGGAGAGGAGGAUCGAGACAGGGGCUCGGACAGUGAGGGGGAGCCCUGGGGUGUUUUGGAUAACUUAGACGGGCCGAGGAAAGGCCUCGUCGGGAGGGCACAGUGAACAGAGCAUUUCUCGCGCAGAUACACUCAUGCACAUACAGAAUCUACACACAAACACUCACACAUACCGUAGAUUUACAGGCAUACAGCACAACUUCCCCUUAACAAAUACUGGCCUUCCUAUCGUCUUUCCAUUCUCCAUACUGCACAUCACUGUGUCCUCCUCAGCCGAGCACAGCAGAGCCUUAAGUGUACAGACACUUCUAACUCAGGCCACAUGGUCCAUGACUAGUGAACUGCAGGAAAAAUAAAGUCAAGGAGAGGUGGCAGUAAACUUUAUGAACUCCUAAUAUAGCCACGUGGGAAGUUAACGCGACUAAAAGAACAUAACCUCUUUCGAGGUAAAUAUUUCUUUCCUUUUCCCACUAUUGUUGUUUAUGCUUAAAUAGGGGAAUAGUCAAACCAGACACCAGAACGGAGCAGUGGAUUCCAGUGGAUUACAACGAGCACAUUACAACAAGAUUACAGGGCAAAACCAAAUUGAGUAUGCUAAUCGUUUAUGUGGUUAUUGCUUUGAAUAUUUCUUUUUGAGUUUAUGAAUAAGUCCUUACAUAUCUAUGUACCAUUAUAUUUUGUUUGUUGUUUUUUUUCUAAUGUGUUAUUCUGGUUUCAUAUAUGAAUCCUUUAGUUUUUCUUUGAGGAGCUUUCCUGAGAAAAUAUUCAGAAGGAAAGAUGGGUAAUUAGAACUGGCUGGGUCUUCCUUAUCAGCUACAUAUGCUUAGCUCGGGCUUCUUUGAGCACUUUGGCUCACUUUGGAUGUCAAUGAUAAUCAACCCAGAGGUCUAUUAUUACUUUGCAGUGGCUUAAUCCGUUUCUGUUAUCAGGGAAUUGGCAUUAUCCUAUUUUGAUGUAGAUGCAGCCAACACAUGCUGUCAAUGCAGGAAGUAUCUUUGUGCCAAAGUUAUAAAAAGACAUGGAUGGAGCAUAGAUUAGCUUACUGUCGGGGACUCUGGUGAUGACCAGGGAGGCGUCACAACAAAGCGCUGCCUCUUGCGUGCACUAAUAACAUGCCCCAGUCUCAUGCGCAGUGCAAGCCUACAGCGAACACAUACAGUCUUUCUCCUUUAUUGUCAGUGCUAGCAGACGUGCUGACCCCUUCCAGAGUGCUUGGAUGGAGAUUUACGUUCUUCCAAUAAGAAGGUACACCCUCUUUCAACUCCAAGGUUAGGGUUAACACACCCUGAAUCCUGCACAUCAGCAAACUGCCAAAACUUGGGCUUUUAUAGAGGUAGAAACACCUGCCCACGAUCAGUUUUAUGAAGUGUUUUUGAUCAGCAGCACCUGGCUGUUACACUCUUAAUUCCUAUGGAAGUAAAAAAGGGUGUACUUAGUUUUUUACACAUUGCGUAUGAAUUUUUGCUUAUUUUUUGUUACAUAAACAAUGACACAAUGUAAUAUGUUACAAGAUGUGAAUUUGAGGUUGUAUUUACUUAAUUUGAAGAUCUGGUAAGGACCAGAUUUUGUCCUGAUACAUAAAAUCUUAGCUGAAAGAGGGUGUUCCUUCUUAUUCAGGGGAUUGCAGAUUUGACGGUAUAGGUAGCACUUUCGCGGUCCUCUGUUCAAAUAAGUCUCAUCUUAUCCUUCAAGAGCAGCGCUACCGUCAGCGAACGUUUGUUCCCGUUAAAAUGCUCACAGCAUUACCAUAAUGAAUACAAUCGAUCAUAAAGCACGCGCGGAUUAUGUCAAUACAUGGUACACAUCGUCAACACAAACACAAACACCCACACACAAAAGCAUCACGUGCAGCAACACAAUGAUUAAAGGCAUAUGCAAGCCGAAAGCAGGAAUUCUUGUGGAAGACAUUUUGGAAUCAGACUUUUCAGACUCAGGGCUCUCUGUAAGGACCAAACUAGCUGCUUCCUAGGCACGCUAGAAACAGGCAAUAUUUAUGUGUGUAUUCUUGACUACGUGCGGAUUCUCAAUCUCCCCCCCCUCCCCCACCCUUCCCUCCUGUGUACAUAAGAGGCGACAAGUUUGAAAAAGAAAAACAGCACGGAUGCCAGAUGACUUUCUAGAGGGGGAUUGAAGUGUCAUCUUUAACCGUCACUGCCCCGCCGCCUGCGCUCAUGCUGGCAUCCACGCACCAAACUACCUUCUCAUCCCUAAAGCCAUUAUCUCAUCUUGUAUUCUCGUGUAUGUUUUUACUUCUCUUGGGGGGGGAAAGCAGAGGAUUGUGUUCUCAUGUAUCACUUCUUUAUUGCCAAAAUGUCACAGCGAGCAAUCGGCUGAAAAAUGUGCAGCUGACAUACAAGUUGUUUUUUGUUUUCUCUCUCAAAGCAAUAUGAACAUUCUCUCUCUCUCUGUAGCAGUGAGACUUGUUUUCUGAACGUGGGCAAGUCUCCUCAUUGUGUGCGUGUGUGUGCGUGUGAGUGUGCGUGCGUGUGUGUGUGAAUGCUUGAACAUGUUUUCAGUUGUUGGGUGGAUGUCCUUAGCAUGGUGCUGUUGCACAGAAACUCUGGUGUGACGACCUCAUCCUUCCUUUCUCUGCUGGGCUGUCAUGAUGUUAGUGACGGUAUUGCUGGCAGAACAUUGAGAUUAUAUUGUCUGUUUUUAUUUUGUUUUUUUUUUGUUUUUUUUUCUUCAAUAUGGCAAACAUGUUGCUGAUCCUCUGUUUAUGUCAACUCUUGUCAUACAAAGAAAAGCCAUAUAAACAGUAAGAGGCACAAUAAACUACUUUUGUGAGA